AUGAUGACGCGCAAAGCUAGUGCUCGCUGGGUCCCACGCUUCCGCUCUCUAUCGCCCGCGUCGUCGCCAUCGCUUCCGCAGCUCGUCGCGUUCGCGACCCCUGCCCGUCGCCUUCGCUCCGCCCGUCGCCUUCACUUCCCCCCCGUUGCCUUCAACCCCCCCCCCCCCCCUUCCCCCCCCUUCCGUCGCCUUCACUUCCCCCUCUCGUCGCCUUCACUUCCCCCUCCCGUCGCCUUCACUUCCCCCUCCCCUCACCUUCACUUCCCCCUCCCGUCGCCUUCACUUCCCCCUCCCGUCGCCUUCACUUCCCUUCCCGUCUCCUUCAUUUCCCCCUCCCGUCGCCUUCACUUCCCCUUCCCGUCGCCUUCACUUCCCCCUCCCGUCGCCUUCACUUCCCCUUCCCGUCACCUUCACUUCCCCCUCUCGUCGCCUUCACUUCCCACUCCCGUCGCCUUCACUUCCCCCUCCCGUCGCCUUCACUUCCCCCUCCUCUCGCCUUCACUUCCCCCUCCCGUCGCCUUCACUUCCCCCUCCCGUCGCCUUCAUUUCCCCCUCCCCGUCGCCUUCACUUCCCCUCCCGUCUCCUUCAUUUCCCCCUCCCGUUGCCUUCACUUCCCCUUCCCGUCGCCUUCACUUCCCCCUCCCGUCGCCUUCACUUCCCCUUCCCGUCGCCUUCAUUUCCCCCUCUCGUCGCCUUCACUUCCCCUCCCGUCUCCUUCAUUUCCCCCUCCCGUCGCCUUCACUUCCCCUUCCCGUCGCCUUCACUUCCCCCUCCCGUCGCCUUCACUUCCCCUUCCCGUCGCCUUCACUUCCCCCUCUCGUCGCCUUCACUUCCCCCUCCCGUCGCCUUCACUUCCCCCUCCCGUCGCCUUCACUUCCCCUUCCCGUCGCCUUCACUUCCCCCUCCCGUCGCCUUCACUUCCCCUUCCCGUCGCCUUCACUUCCCCCUCUGGUCGCCUUCACUUCCCCCUCCCGUCGCCUUCACUUCCCCCUCCCGUCGCCUUCACUUCCCCCUCCCGUCGCCUUCAUUUCCCCCUCCCCGUCGCCUUCAUUUCCCCCUCCCCGUCGCCUUCACUUCCCCCUCCCGUCGCCUUCACCUCCCCCAUUUCCCCCCUUCACGCUCUCUUACCCCCUCUGCUCGCCCCUGUUUUCCCGGCUCACUCCUAUACUCACUCUCUCCCUCCCUGCUCACUCUCUUCCCCCCUGCUCACUCUCUCCCCCCCUGCUCAUUUUCUUUCCCCCUGUUCUCAUCCCUCUUUCCCCCUUUCUCACCCAUUUCCCCCUUGCUCGGUCUAUUUCCCCCUGUGCUCGCCCCUAAAAUCCCUUGCUCACUCCCUUACCCCUUGUUCACUCUCUCCCCCUCUGGUCACUCUCUUUCCCCCUGUACUCACCCAUCUUUCCACCCUGUUUACUCUCUAUUCCCCUUUGUUCAACCCUUUUUCCCCCCCAAGUCCUCUCAUUUCCCCUCCUUAG